AUGGCGGACUCAGAACCCCUCAUAAGGCUCACGGCAGACGAGAUUAAUUGUCUGGUUUACUCGUUCCUGAUCGACUCCGGUUUCAAACAUUCCGCGUUUACUCUAUGCAUGGAAGCAAAGCUGGAUGAAUCUCCAAAUUUCUCAAAACACAUCCCACGUGGAGAGCUCAUCGACUUGCUCAGCAAAUCACUACUCUAUCGCGAGGUUGAAUCGCAUUGGAAGGCAGACAACUUGGCACUCAACUGCAAAGUAGGGUUCACUCUGCUAGACCCACACGUCUGCUCUCUAGAGCCACCUAAGAAGAGCCAGUAUCCCCCGGCACUCUACACACAACGUCCCCCCACGCAGUCUUCGCGUACAAACGGUGUCGAUGGCAAGCGCAAGGCAAGUCCACUUGGGAGUGGUCCUGCAGAAAAGCGUCCGAGACUCGACGAAAAUGGGGACUCCUCCCGACGCCAAAUUAAACCCAAGAUUCGAGAACCGGGACCAGGCGACAAUGAGACCGACCCACGGGCCAUACUUUUGCUCACGGACCACGAAACAGAAGUUUUCGUUUGUGCGUUUAAUCCCACCAAACCAUCGCUCCUGGUCACAGGAUCGAAAGAUGCCGUUUUACACCUGUGGGAUCUUCCCCAACCACCGCCAACAACCUCCCCAGAGUUCGCCCAGGCUCCGCUAAGCCCACGUAGACUGGAAUACGUGAGUGACGCAGACCCCCGCGACAUAACCUCUCUUCACUGGAAUCCGGACGGUACUCUCAUUGCCAUGGGCUCCUAUGAUACUGUUUUGCGAAUAUGCACUGUGAAUGGCGACCUGUAUUUCUCCAGCAAUCAACACACUGCCGGGCUUUUUGCUGCUCGGUUUUCGAAAAGCGGCAAAUGGUUACUUUCUGCGAGUUUAGAUGGCACCACAUGCUUAUGGGAUGUCGCCAAACGCGAACUGCAUACCCAAUAUCGAAUUGCCAAUGAAUGUUGUUUGGACGUAGACUGGCUAUCCGAAACCAUGUUCGCUUGUUGCACUGCAGACGGCAAAAUUCAAAUCCUGGAGGUCGGGAAACUCGAGCCAAUCCGGACACUGACAGGUCAUUCAGGUGAAAUCAAUCAGAUCAAGUUCAAUGCAACUGGCACCAGACUGGCCUCCGGGUCCGAUGACCAGACUGCGCGGAUAUGGAAACUUGACGACCUGGAUAAGCCCACGUCGACUCCUCUGGUUCUUUCUGGUCAUACUCAUUCGGUCAACACUGUCCACUGGUGUCCUCAGGUGCACGCGGAAGAUAAUCCUAUACUUGCGACUUCCUCCUUCGACGGCACUGCCCGUCUUUGGGAUUCCGUCACGGGUGCCUGUAUUCACGCCUUCGCUGACCACAAGCGCUCGAUCUACACGUUCAAGUUCAGCCCAAAUGGGCGCUGGAUCGCGACUGGGAGCGGCGACGGCUGGCUACACAUUUAUGACUACAAAACUCGCGAAAUGCGUUGGUCUUGGUUUGCCGGGUUCGACAAACCGGGCAUAUUUGAAAUCGAUUGGCAGAUGGAUGAGGGAGUGGACCGGAUUGCUCUUGCGCUUGAGUGUCGAACGGUGGCUGUGAUUGAUGUCCAAAAAGUCCCAGCAUUGCAGAGAUCAUAA